CAGUGGUCCAUUGAGGGGCGCUCGCGCUCAUUACUGUUCCGCCGGCCGGCCCUGCGCACGCAACUCGCGCUCCUAACGCGAACAAAUACACCGACGCACUACCUACGAUGUUGCCUCUCAUCUCUCGUUACAACGAGAUGGUUUCGAAGUCGUGUAUCUGGCUCGUCGCAGCGGCUCUUUUAGCCGCUUGCGGCGUAAGUGCAGGCGUAGGAAGUAAACGGCCCUUCACACCGACUGAUUCGAUUUUGGAUAUAAUCGACACCGAUCAAGUCGAAAGGAUGAUAGCGGCUCGACGACGAACGGAAGAAGCCACCGGAUCUUCCGCUUCCUACGUUCAAAGAAAUGAACUCGGCGAAGGAAGUUCGGAGACUAUGGUGGUCUCUAUGCCGGAUGAAGAAGAGGCUACCGAAAUACCAAAAGGCGCUGCGUUUCGAAAAAUUUUGAAGUCAUCAAAAAACGCGCUCACCGUCACUAAAAAAGAGUAUCUCAAGGAAGAUUGGUGCAAAACCGAACAAUUAAUACAAAAAAUCCGUGAACCGGGUUGUUUGCAAGCGACAGUGAUAAAUAAUUUCUGUUAUGGACAGUGCAAUUCGUUUUACAUUCCGAAGAGUCCGCGGCGCCGGGAGAGCAACGACGAGCGCCGUCUGCACGCAUUCAAGUCUUGCUCAUUUUGUAAGCCGAAAAAGUUUACUUGGAUCACUGUCACGUUUCGUUGUCCAAGUCAGAACCCACCAUAUAAACGAAAGCGUUUACAAAAGAUCAAACAGUGCAAGUGUCUACCGGUCGGCGUGAACUGAUAGAUGCAGUGUACGUCGGACCCUCCACAACAGAGGCGGCCCAUCCGUCCAGUCCAACGUCUCAGGUGCGCCAAGCACACGAGGACAUCUGAAGGGAGUUAAUAGGAAUCGAUACACAAAUAUGACGGUGACGUGUGGAAUAAUGAUAUACCUGAUGCUUCGAUAAGUAAUUACUGCUCGUUUAACGAGUAAGAACCGGCAAGCGGUAGGCAUACAGGCAUAAGCAUUCUAUUCGCGAGCUCACAUACGUCAACAGGGAUGACGUCAUGUGAUGCUUAUAUUAGGCGAUAAAUUUUGUAAUACUGUGAUUGCAAGUUGUCAAGCAGUUUUAAUUGUCUUUAGUGAUACUGUUUAAUUGGACACUACAAUACAUGUGACCUUGUAAAUGUUUGACAGCAAUUAAUAAGUGCAAACGAACAGUGGAAAUCUGUGUUCAUUGCGUUAAUAGGAUGGAAACUAUAACGUAUAAAGAGUAAUUACUUUUAAUUUUUCAUGUGAUAUUAGUAGUAGGAUAUAAAAAGUGAAAAUGGGACGCUGAUUCUAUUUCAAGCAAGGCAAGUUUCGAUUUAUAACUUGGUUGAAUAGAAGUUAAAUUACUUACUGGAAAUAUAAACAUUAAUGAAAUUUUUGAACUCUAUUUGCUCUCAAAUAAUAAUAAAUUGAGUGACUAGAUUUUGAAUACUAUCUAGAAUCAAGAAAUAUAUUCUGACAUAUUACGUAUUGCGGACAAUUAUUGUAAUUAUUUAGCAUAUGACCAACGUAAUUAUUAGGAUAAUCAAUGAAUUAUAAUGUCAUUAAAAGCAACGGAUAUAAUUUAUCCAUAAUUAAAUUACAUUUUCCCGGAAAUUGUGACAGGAAAAAUAAUUGUUAAUUUCAAGUGUAAAAUUAACUGUUGUAUGUUAAUAGUAUGAAAAUGAGUUAGAUCAAGCGAAAUCACAUUUUUUUAUUUAUUAGAAACCGGUCAUGGCGUAUUUGUGCUGGACAUUUAUUUUUUUUAUAAUGUGAAAGAAUUUUGUGAAAUCGGUCCAGCAGUUUUCGAUACGUUACAAAUAUACAGAACAGAAGA